UCACCUUCGUGUACUGUGUCUCUCAGAACAAGACAAACAAGUUUAUCAGUUUUAUCCGGGAUGAGGGCGGAGGGCGCAAUUUACCUAUGCCUAUUACUUUUUAUAUCUAAGGAAACGGCAGUGCAUGCAAAUGAAGGUUGGUUUCUGCACGUUACCGAUUUCCACUGGGACUAUACAUACGGCAAGCAGGAUUGGUCGUGUAAUGAUGACGUCAACAAUCAUGGUCUGUAUGGUGAUUACUGGUGCGACUCUCCGAUGACGCUUAUACGAUCCGCUGUGGAGGCAAUGAAAAAUGCUACUGAAGGCAGACAAGCAGAUUUUAUACUCUGGACAGGCGACAGCGUCUUGCAUGUUGAAGAUGACAAAGUAAAUUUAGACAUCCAUGACCAGAUUCUUGGAAACCUGACAGAUUUACUGAAGAACUACUUUCCAGCAGUUCCGGUAUAUGCCACAUAUGGUAACCAUGACUACUUUCCAAACAACCAAUUUCCGCCACAUAACAACGAACUCUAUAAUCGGACGUUAGAACAGUGGAGAAAUUGGAUCAAUGACGUACAACAAGAGGAUAAUUUCAGAAAAGGUGCAUACUAUACAGUGAAGGCCUCUCCUGGAUUAAGGAUCCUGGCCCUGAACACCAAUUUAUAUUACACAUCUGACAAAGUCACGCCUGGUAUUCCUGAUCCUGCUGAUCAGUUUGCCUGGAUGGAAGAAGUACUAAAUAUCUCUCGAGCAAACAAUGAAAAGGUAUUAGUCACGGGACAUGUACCCCCAGGAAUGGCGCCACCUCUUGGAACGCGAUGGAUGUAUGAGGAUUUUCAUAAAAAGUUUAAUAAUAUCCUGUUUAAAUACAGUGAUGUUAUCACAGGUCUACACUUCGGUCAUGAACAUAAUGAUAAUUUACGGGUAUUUUACGACGAGAAAGAUAAACCUGUACUUUCCCUUUUUAUGGCCCCUUCCGUUACACCAUGGAGGUUCAAGAUUCCAGGAGUUACAGGAAAAGCUCACAACCCUGGAUUUCGCAUGAUUAAAUACGACCAAUCAACAGGCAGACAUUUAGAUUUGAUUCAGUACUAUAUGGAUCUUCCGGAAAGCAAUCGUCUGCAAAAUCCCGUAUGGAAAACGGAAUACACAGCCACAACAGAUAUGUCCAUUCCAGAUAUUACUCCUGGUUCUAUCGACGGUUUCAUCAAACGCAUGGCAGAUCCGGAUGGAGAGGAAUUUAAGAAGUUUUAUAGGUGGCGCUUUUUGAGUGCGGAUCACUCUUCUGUUGGCAAGUGUGAUCGAUCUUGUCACGCAGUCAUACACUGUAAUUUCGUACACUCAUCCAAGUCGAAGUACGAUUUGUGUGUCGCGGGACUGACGAGUAGUGGAAAUCGCGUUGUCAAAGUCGUCAGCUUUCUUAACAUUUUAUGCAUAAUCCUUAGUUAUAUUUCAAUCUGAUAAAAUAUGCAGCAUUCUACUAGGUAUUAUAAUAUCAAUUUUAUGUAUCCAUUAUUUGAAACAAAAUUAGAAAAAGGUAUAUUUUUAGCUAUUAGACAGCGUACGAAUGAAUGUGAAAUUUAACAAUUUGCUACAUGUAGUAAUGCAAUGAACAGUACAAGUAAACGUUUAGUUAAAAAAUAAGCGGACCUUUU